AUGUCGCCUUCAUCCUACUCUCACCUUGUAUAUGUCGAACGACCAAAGGGACUCAUUAACUCGAACACCUUCCGCGUCGAAGAGGUACCCUUUGACCUGAAGCCUGCUGCAGAUGAGGUCGUCAUCAAGAUCGUUUGGCUCUCGAUUGACCCCGCAAUGCGUAUAUGGCUCUCUGACGAUGCAGGUCCGUUCCGCCCUCUCCAGAUUGGCGAGACGAUGGGAGGUAUUGGCGUUGGAACGGUUGUUGGGGCCGGCGAGGACAGCGGUUUCGCAGUCGGCAAUCAUGUCAGCGGAUAUGUUGGCACCACCGAAUAUAGCAAAAUGAAGGCGAAGGAGUUGACGAAAGUAGAUGUUCCGGAGGGCGCACAGUUGCUCGAUUUUCUAGGCCCAUUGGGUCACCCGGGUCAAACUGCAUUCAUAGGCAUCAUCGAUCUCGCGAAAGUCAAAGCAGGCGAGACCGUCGUCGUCUCAGGCGCCGCAGGCGCCAUCGGCUCCCUCGUCUGCCAGCUCGCGAAGGACAAGGGCGCGAAGGUGUACGGGAUCGCUGGCUCCGCGGAGAAGUGCAGGUACCUCGAGGAGGAGCUCGGCAUCGCGAAGGCGCUCAACUACAAGGCGGCGACGUUCCAGGAGGACUUCGUGCGCGAGGUCGGCGCGUUCGACGUGUACUUCGACAACGUCGGCGGCGGGAUGCUCGACUUUUUACUCACGAGGAUGAACUUGCACGCCAGGGUGAUCCUAUGUGGUGCCAUGUCUACGUACGCCAGCGAGCCAGUGCCUCUCAAGAAUCACAGGGACAUCUUUUACAAGCGUGCGACAAUGCAAGGGUUCAGUCUAAUUGACCAAGGGGAUCGUAUGCCGGACGCGAUGAAGUACCUCGGGGACAGGGUCGCACAGGGUGUCCUGAAGUCUACCUAUCAUAUCCUCGAGGGUAUCAAGGAGACGCCGAUGGCAAUCAACAUGCUCUUUGCGGGAGAGAACAACGGGAAGCUGGUCAUCAAGGUCUCGCGCGACUAG